UGCUUAGGUGUGCUGGGACAGCAACAAGAAGAUCCAGUUUUCGGCUCAUAGUAUAACCGAAUUUUAGUAUUCCGUGCCAGAACCUUUGCAAAGGAAGUACUUAAGUAGCCAUGGUGUCAGGAACUACAAAGUUUGUCCUUAGUGGUCAGAGUCACGAGCAUCGAAAUCGUAUUGAUACCCCAUACAAGAAUGCAACCCCUAGCAGAAGAUUUCUAUCACGACAAAAAGAAACAACCAUGACCACGAGGAGCGGAGGCAUCAAGCGGACCACUUUUCGUCGCUUACUGUCCGCGCUGCUGACGGCUUUUCUGUUGCAAGAACUUGAGUUAGAACAAGUGCUACAAGUACAACCUGGUCCUCCUCGUCGUGUUGUCAUAAAGACCUCAAGAAUUAUCACUACCGCCGCAGCAGUCACGCUGUCGCGAGGCAGGGGCUCCUCGGGUGGAAGAAGUUCUUCCACUGCCGUUCCAUCGCUCUUCCACGACCGCGAAAAAACCUUCGCGGAAUCCUUCGGUCUGUCUUCCCUCGGGUACUCUUCCGACCGACUGGGUGUGUCCACGAUCGGUCGUAUUGCAAAGAAAAAUCCCGCCUCCCCAUAUUGAAGACGCAUUCUUCUGAAAAUUUGUGAUGCAGAUUUGUGACCACAAAUCGGGUCUUUCUUGCACGAAGGCACACCCAGGCUCUCCGCCACGUUAUUCAGGCGAUUUGUAAUGCUGUAAGGCCAACAGGGUAGCCGUCUACCAUGCUAGGCGCCUACACCAAAGGGGUCCUGCCUAGGCGCAGGGUCUGCGUGCAUUCCCUUACUGCAACACAAAUUGGAUUUGUGUACCCAGAUCCAGCAUCAGAAGUUUCGUUUUUAUGUGGGGAGGGACGAUUUUUCCUUUUGAUAGGCCGGUUUCGGGAUGACUUCCUGGGAAUUUUCGACACGUUGACGGAGCAUUGGGAGAAAGGAUAUCAAAUGUAAAAAUGUCCGGGUCUGGAAGAUUCUGACACUUGUCAUGCACGUUUUGGAUGAGCCCGGAUGUCUGUGAUGCAUGCCUUAGCAUCACUGAUUUUUUGCGAGCUUCUUGAUGCCUAUUCCGCAUGACAAAUGCCCUCUCCGCGUUGCAAGAAUUACAUUCCCUUUGGUACUCAUGCAAUACAGAUUUUUUUGGAAUCCAAAUCCAGCAUCGCAAGUUGGAUUGUUCCAGACCCAGACAUUUUUACAUUUGAUAAAGGAAGAAGUAGUAGUACAAUUCCUACCAGCAACGGCGCGUCGGAGCCGGGACCUCCUGGGGGCCAGGAACAACUACAUUCGCUUUAUUGUCGGCGGGAAAAGAGGCCUCCAGCUACAACUACUUCUUCCUGCGUUUUCGAUGGUCGGGGAAUUUUUGGAAUGCUGCGUUGUCGUGACAGCGCGACCUUCGAUCAUAGCGGUGAGUGA